ACCAAGAUGGCGGCGUGCAUACCGCUGUCUUCAAAGAUGUCACCCUCCCAGUGUUUACGGUUCCUUCUCAGACAGAAAUAUUCCCCCAGGAAGCUGAUAAAAUCUGUCACAGAGCAAUGUAAACGAGGAUACAUGGUUAAAUCUGAGCCAGUAGCAGAGGAGAAUGGAGGCAUCACCAUGGCUGCGUCAUUUCGUGGACCUCUUGAUCACUACAACGGAAUGAUCCAAGACAGAACACUGAGGGAUGAUGAGCACCAGAGAGCAGUGCUGCAGAAACUGGACCAGUUGCACAAAACACUGAGAGGGUACAGCAACACACCGACAUCCAUCUUCUCCAAGUUUUUCACGAAACCGAAGCCCCCUAAAGGUUACUACAUCUACGGUGAUGUAGGCACAGGGAAGACCAUGGUCAUGGACAUGUUUUAUUCAUAUGCUGAGACUGAAAAGAAAAAGAGGGUCCAUUUCCACGGCUUUAUGUUGGAUGUACAUAAACGGAUUCAUCGGCUGAAACAGAGCAUGCCAAAGAGGAAAGUAGGAAAAAUGGCUAAAUCCUAUGACCCUAUUGCUCCGGUGGCUGAGGAAAUUAGUGAGGAGGCUUGUCUUCUAUGCUUUGAUGAGUUUCAGGUCACUGAUAUCGCCGAUGCCAUGAUUCUGAAGCAGCUUUUUGAGAAUCUGUUUCUCAAUGGGGUGGUGGUUGUGGCCACGUCAAACCGUCCGCCAGAAGAUUUGUAUAAGAACGGCCUACAGAGAGUCAACUUUGUGCCUUUUAUUGCUGUGUUGCAGAAAUACUGCCAAACUCUCCGUCUGGACUCGGGGAUUGAUUACCGCAAGAGGAGCAGACCGUUGGCUGGAAAACUGUACUUCCUCUCCAGUGAACCUGACGCAGAGGCCACAUUGGAUAAGAUGUUUGAUGAACUGGCUUUUAAGCAGAACGACAUAACACGACCACGAGUUCUCAACGUUCACAACAGGAAAGUUCGUCUGAGUAAAGCUUGUGGGACCAUUGCAGAUUGUACUUUUGAUGAGCUGUGUGAUAGACCCUUAGGGGCCAGUGACUACCUGGAGAUGUCCAGGCUGUUUGACACCAUCUUCAUCCGACACAUUCCUCUACUGACGCUGAACAAAAAAACCCAAGCCAGGCGGCUCAUAACACUUGUGGACACUCUGUACGACCAUAAGGUACGUGUGGUGAUUCUGGCAGAUCACCCCCUGGAGGACAUUUUCAUUCAUGAUGGGGAUCACGGUCAUGAUGAGAGUCACGUUCUGAUGGAUGACCUGGGUCUGAAAAGGGAUGAAGCCAGCAGUCUGUCCAUCUUCAGUGGUGAAGAGGAAAUGUUCGCCUUCCAGAGGACGGUGUCUCGACUCACUGAGAUGCAGACAGAAGAAUAUUGGCUGGAGGGAGACAGGAGCAACAAAUAACAGGCGUAUCAUUUGGACCAUGUUACACCACCUCUAUCCUCACUGUAUGCUCUGCUCUUAGCUCCAAAAACAGCCCUGAACAUGACUCCCACUCAUCUGAUCCACACAAACCCACGGGGACGGCUCAACAGUGUGGUUACAAAUGUUGUACACAGAGUAUUUAUUAUUACUGAAAUCUUAAAUCCUUUUGAUGUUUUACUUUGAUACUGCACUUUAUGGAUCAUUUUUAAGAUGGAGCUUUUGAGGUGUUGUAUUGCUUUUAACUCUGUAUCAUAGUGGUCCAACUCUAUUUACUUUUCUACAGUUUUGGGAAGGAGCUGGAGCCUGUCAGAAAUAUACUCUCCAAAUGACUUUUAAGACAAUGUAAUGGACAUUUAUUUAAUCUCCAAUGAAAUUAUUUUUGAAAAGAUAAUGUAUCUCAAUAAUUUUAUCAAAAGUCUAAUACAGUAGCAGCUGAUUGGUUUUGGGGGGGUGUUAAGUUGUGUUUUCGUUUUUGAUGAGUGAUGUUGAUGGUGCUUGCAAAAUGUUAGCCUUAGAACAUGUCAGAUUGGCUCUACAAAAACUUUGUCAUUCACCAGUAUGUUUAUUAUUUGCCUGAUCAGACGCACAAAACCUGUAAUUGCAAAACCAAGUAAGCAAGUGUUGUAGUUUACAUAUUACUAAUGAUUGUUGCUCAUUUAUAUUUAUCCUUUGUUUGCUUUAGAAAGUAAUAUGUGCUGCUUCAG